GGCAACUCAACUGUUAAACUUGUCUGUGAUUAUUCUUCCUUGAGAUCACUCUGAUGUCACCAGUGUAAUUUGAGCCUGGAGCUUUUGUUCACACUUUAAAUAGCAGUCCCGGAAUGAUUUUGCUACAGACUCUCUGGAGAGCCCGGGAACCGAAUUCCCGAAGAUCCUCACGUCGAUGAAAGCAAGGCAAAGCCACCAAGCCACCAUCACCAUGUCCACCUCGCUGAGAGUGAGCCCUUCCAUCCACGGCUAUCACUUCGAUACAGCCUCGCGGAAGAAAGCUGUGGCCAACAUCUUUGAAAACAUAGACCAAGAAUCUCUACAGAGACUUUUCAAAAACUCUGGGGACAAGAAAGCGGAGGAGAGAGCUAAGAUCAUAUUUGCCAUAGAUCAAGAUCUGGAGGAGAAAACACGAGCCCUGAUGGCCCUGAAGAAGAGGACGAAAGACAAGCUUUUCCAAUUUCUGAAACUGCGGAAAUAUUCCAUCAAAGUUCACUGAGGACAAGAGGAUGGAUAAGGACAUUAUCCAAGAAUAGACAUUUAAAGACCGAGAGGGUUCGAGAGACCCUAACACAUGCAGCAUUUUGUUGCUGCCCUGCGAGCUUCUCUUCCAUCAGGACUGCAGAGGCUGGAAAGGAACAGAACAAACCGGUUACAAAGACUCCAACCAAUUUCACGCCUGUGCUGUUACAGUGGAGAACAAAAUGCUUUCGACAAGGACUUGAAAACUCUCCCUGCAGGAAAGGACCGAUGCUGGUGUCAGGAGAAGAGUCUGAACAGAUGUAAUGAGGACUGAGGCUGAAGAUAACAGAACGCUGGCUGUUAUGGGCUCUUAAGGCUGAAGAAAGAACUGCAGCCAGGGUCUCUUUCUCAGGCCCUAGGACUUAAAUUCAACCUGAACUUUUUUUUUUUCCAUAAUGAAAGUGGGUAGGAAGAGGGAGGAGGGAGAGGGGGAAACAGGGAGAGAGAAUACUCUGCUCCGAUGUUUACUAAAUUUUUUAUUUGAGUGUUCAAAGUGUUGCCAAAUUUCAAUGUUGUCUAUUGGUAUAGGUUUUUUAGAGAUCAGUAAUUGAUUAUUUAUUUGCAUUUUUUACAGUGCCUGAAAAAGUGCACCGUAAGGGUGUAAGUUACAAAUUAUGCAAUACUUCUAGCAGCUCAGUUAGACCACCUUCUGGUUUAUAAAAAGUUUAUAUACAUUUCAAACUGGUUAAACAAAAGUUAAAAUAAUGGGGUCUUUCAUAAAUCCAAAGUACUGCGAAAAAAUUUUAUAAUUUUUUUAUCUUCUAAUGCUAAAACAUAAUCUAAUUAGAUUUCUUACAGUUACUGCAGUAAGCAUUAGGAAGUGAGUAUGAUAUACUAAAUAGUUUAUAAAGAUGCUAUGGUUUCUAUAAUUUAUUAUACAAAACAAAUGAUAUGCAACUGUAAUAAAUUAUUAUAAACUUA